AUGUUCCAACACCGCCUCGUACGAACACCAACCAAUUUGCAUACGCCCAAGUUCUCCUCUCGCCAAUCCUCGCGGCUACGAGAUCGCGUUUCCAUAAGUCCGACUCACCGUAAUGGUGGUGUUUCUUUCUUCGGACCAAUUACUGCCCUACACGCCAGACACAAACGAACCCUCUUAUGCCGAGAACUGAGCCCCGUUUCCCGCACAAUCCCGGACCAAAUGUCCAGUCUCAUUACACCGGUAGCAGCGAACAGCUGUCAGUCGCCUCCUGCAGUUCCUCGCAAUGUGGCCCUGGCCACCGCACCUAUAACAUACGACCCCACUAUGGGGGCUGGGUCCCUGAAACGGUCUAUCAUCACUCGGCGUGGACUGUGCAGCGGCGACUACCGGUUCUCUCACCUCAGAGCUGACGGGAACGGGUUGGCCCGGCACCGUCUACUUCCGGAAACACUCCUCAGCUUAACGACAGCUACAAUCCAGCUACAACAACUCCACAGAUCUUUGCACUCAAAUGUUCCAACACCGCCUCGUAGUUCGCUACACACAACUCUCUCGAGUGGUCUCCCGCCGUCACAUUUAUCCCAGCGAACACCAACCAAUUUGCAUACGCCCAAGUUCUCCUCUCGCCAAUCCUCGCGGCUACGAGAUCGCGUUUCCAUAAGUCCGACUCACCGUAAUGGUGGUGUUUCUUUCUUCGGACCAAUUACUGCCCUACACGCCAGACACAAACGAACCCUCUUAUGCCGAGAACUGAGUUUCUUUCUUUUUACUUUCUUUCUUUCUUUUUUAGUUUCUUUCUUUCUUUUUACUUUCUUUCUUUCUUUCUUUUUAGUUUCUUUCUUUCUUUCUUUUUAG